AGUGUUGAAUAACUCUCGUGCUCCAAACAGCUGUGGGAAAAAUCAAUUUUGCAACUCCCUCGCGUUUUUCUAAAGAAAGUCUGCGAGAAAAGCUUGGAAAAAUGACCUCCAACGCCGAUUGCUUCAUUGUAUUGCCCGAAAACUGUGCCGAAGGAACACUUAUCGUUGGUCGGAAUGCAGAAGACAAAGAAAGUGUAAACGUUGCCUCGGAGGUUUGCUUUUAUGAUGUCAGCGAAGUGCUUGAGGGGAAGACUGACGGUGGAGCUUCUGCUGAGACGAGUGGCGAAGCCGUGCGUGUCAUAUUGCAGAAACCGCAGCCGGGCCUUUGGGGCGGGGACUUUGGGGCCAACGAACGCGGUGUGGCAGUUGGUCUUACCUGGGCGACAGGUGAAAAUGAGGCCAAGGACAGCGAUUGCUUGCUGGGCACGGAUAUAGUGCGUGUAACUCUGGCUGUGGCCAAAGACGUGGACGAUGCUGUAGACCGCAUUGGAUCUCUGGUGGCCAGCUACGGUCACGACAACUCCAAACUGAACUUCGUAGCUUGUGAUGCGGCCGCCGCCUGGUUUGUGAGUUGCGCCGGCAAGGUCUGGGCUGCCGAGAAGUUGGAGGCCAGCUUCAUACGUUUGCCCUCCGGCGGACUGGCGGUGACCACAGUGGUGAACAAGUCAAGCGAGGGACUAGAUGAGGCGUCCAGUUUUGCCGCUGCCCACGAUGCCGAGGCCCAGUCGCCGGCUGAGGAUUGGUGCGGACCCAAGCCAGCCGGAGACGGAACUUACACUCAGCAUGAUAUGUUCGAAACUCUGCGGGCUGCCAGCAAUGCGAGCAGUUCGCGAGCGGCCACCGUAUCGGUGCUGUCGGUCAAGGGCAUCUCGUGCCACUGGUUUACUGGAACGCCCAACGCCGCCGAGUCUGUGUUCAAGCCGUUCGUUUUCGCACCCAAGCCGAGGAUCUCUCCGCUGACUCAAGUGCAGGCGGAUUCGGACUUGACGCUGCUGCACAAGCUUCACUCGCAGCGCAAACCGGCGGCCUUGGAACACUUGCGCAGCCUGGAGCGCUCCUGCGUGGACGAGCUGAACAACUACUUCUCACUGCAGGACCACGCCAGCGACGAGCUGGACGAACUGCUCAAGGACUGUGUUGAGGCGGAGGUCAAGUUCUACCGCUAGGCAAAAGAAUACUAUCUAUAUGGAUACUCCAAAAACUAGCUUGCAAGCUCUAUUGAGCCUCAGGAUUUGACUUGAGCAUUCUUAUGGCAUUACCAAAUAGGCUAUAGUCGGCAGAACAUUUUCUUGUGCAAUCUCCUAUUGAUUUUAUUUCGUUUAGUUUCGAUGCUUUUGCGUGAUAUUUAAAUUAUUAUUUAGUCUCUCUCAGUGGGCAAUCUCUGACUUGAAUUUAAAGUAUUAUUAUGUGACAUUCCAAGCUUAGUUUAACUAUUUACAUACUUGCAUUAAAAAAUAUAUAAAUACAUACACAAAUAUACAUUAUAUAUUGCUCUCAAAUAAACGCAUAAAAUCUGCAUUUAUACAAAGA